CUGUUUUUUACUAGCGCGCCAUCUAUGGUAAAUGUGCGAUUAACGUCAGCUGAAAUAUUGAGCUCAUUUUGAUACACAAUGGCGGAGACCGAGAGGGACGUGCAGCCCGUGGAUUGUGCUAUCAUCCACAACAUCUACGACAAUGGCAGUGCGAGGGAGCACUUUGAAUUUGAGCUGGACCAGGCCCUCGAGGCCAAACGCAGUAUCAUCAUUAUAGAACCCGCUCACCUGGGAGACGAGACCGCUCGUUGGAUCACAGUAGGGAACUGCUUGCAUAAGACAUCCGUCCUUUCUGGCAUGGCUUGCCUCGUCGCGCCAGCCCUGCUCCCUAAUCAGGCAGUAAACUUUGUCACCUUCCCGACGGGGACUGUAAGCGUGGCCUGCGCUCUUCUAUACGGAGUGUCGUGGCAGUCGGACCCAUGUUGCAAGUAUCAGGUAGAGUACGACACAAGGAAUCUGUCACGGCUUCCACUUCAUUCCCUGACAACGGCCACACCCGUAGUUCUGGUUCGGAAAGACGAUAAAUACAGGAAAGCCCUUCACAACUUGGUAGCCGGGCUAGCCGCAGCUCUACUGGCGUACAAAGUCUACCAAUGGUGCAUUCGCUAACACAACGUUCAGAAGAAUCACUUUUGUUAGCAUUUUCAUUCACUCCUAUCGCCUGAGGAGGUUCUGAACUGUUUGUUAGAGGAGCUUGCAAGGAAUAACUGUCAAAGUGAGUUCUGUUAUGAUGAUCAGGUCGACUUGCCAUUGCCCGGAUGAGAGGAAGGAACGUAGAG